AUGGCGAAGGAACAAGUUUCCAAACGUUUAUAUGUUGGAGGGCUUGGCCCUGCGGUUUCCAAGGCUGAGCUGGAAGAAAGAUUUGGCAAGUUUGGGCGUGUUUUGGAUGCAGAGAUUAUUACCAGAAAAGAUGAUCAGGGGAACCCUAUGAAAACUUUUGCUUACCUCAGUGUCAGCAUUUCUGAUGAAGAUCUUAAAAGGUGCAAGUCAGUUUUAAAUAAAACCAAAUGGAAAGGGGGAACACUGCAAAUCGAGUUGGCCAAGGAAAGCUUUUUGCACAGACUUGCCAUGGAGAGGGAGGAGGCAAAGCUGCAGAAAGAGAAACCACAGAGAAAUGACAAAACACGUGUGUUGGAAUCUCUGAAACAGAAUGGAGUUGUGGACUUUCACAUGAAAGCAGUGCCAGGUACAGAGGUGCCAGACCAUAAGAAAUGGGUCGUUGGCAAAUUUGGCAGAGUUUUGCCUGUCCUGCAUCUUAGGAAUCAACAAAAAAAGAAAAUUGUGAAAUAUGACCCAUCAAAAUAUUGCCAUAACCUUAGAAAGCUGGAGCUAGACUUGACACACACAGUUCCUGUGUCUGAGCUCACCUGGCACUUGGGAGGGACGGAUGACAGCACAAGCAGGAAGCGUCAAAGAGAGUUCCCUGGAACCAGGAAACCACCUAAAAAGCUGAGGCCACUGGGCAUCGAGGCUCAGAAUGGAGCAGCAGCUCUCCCCUCUGGGUGUCAGUCACAUUCGAAAUACGCAGGCUCACCACAGCUCAAUCAGAGAUCAAAAUCCAAACCCAGUGAGAAGUCUGAACUGCCUCCAACAAAGAGUCUUAGUAGUGAAAUAUCAGGGAGAGUUUUCUUAUCAGAUCAAAGCAAUGUUAAUGGAUUUGCAGCUCAGAGUGAUACAAGUGUUUCUGACAGUGACAUUGAUUCUGAGGAGGAGAUCAGAGCAAUGGUAAAGAAAGAGGCAGAGGUACAGAAAGCUGAAAAUGUUGAGACUGAAAGUGAUCACUUGGAAAUUGUUGCAGAUAAUUUUGAAUUAAAAUACAAUACUCACUGGUCCUUCAGCAAUCCAGAUGCCUCGGAGAAAGCUAUCAAAGGAAGUUCUAGAGAGACUAGAGAAUGUGAUAAUGGUUAUGAUUCAGCAGAUACAGAUGAAAUUAUUGCUGAAAGUAAAACUCCAGAUCUCAAGAGCAGGAAAACUGCAAUUUGUGAAGAUUCUAAACACGUGAAGGUAGAAAAUAAAGAACUGUUAACUAAUGAAAAAUGUGAUUUAAUAAAUGACUCCUCACUGAAAACUUGCAGUUUAAAAGAACACAUUAAAAGGAAAGGGAAACAUAAAAAAUCCCAAAUUGCUGUCCUGCAGAGUACAGCAGCUGGCAGUACAACAGACACAGGGGAGAGUGAAAGCUCUUGUUCAGAGGCUGAAGUCAGUUCUGACUAUGAGUCCAUGAUGCAAAACUGUUACCGCUUAGACCUUAGUUUAGAUGACUUAAAAGCAUUAGCUACUGAAAGCACUGGGACAACAAAGGAAUCAGAUAGUGCACAAAGCUCUGGUCAGUCCAGUGCUGAAGAAAAUCCCAAAGGUAAUGUAAAUAAAUCAAAACUUUCUAAAUUUCACCCUGCAAUUAAAACAAAAAGCAUCUGCCCUGAAGAUGUGUUGGCUGAUAUUUUAGCAGGGGAGGAGAAUGCUGAUGAGGAAAGCUCCAAGGGACCAAGUAAUUCAGGGUUGAAAUAUCAGCCCUUCAGAGGAAUGGGGUCCCUUUGUUGGAAUGAGUUAUCUAAGGACAGCACUGACUUAAAGGAGAGGUCUUUAACAGUUGAAGCUUGUACGUAUUGUGGGGAGGAGUCACCAGAAAAACAACCUAAGAACCAUCCGUUGUGUCCACUUGGAGUGAGUAGCAAAAAGCGACAGAAGAAGCCUCAUGCACAGCCCGAGGAGCUGUCAGCUGCUGCCUCCUUACCAGCUGGGAGAUGUCAGCCUGUUUCCAGGCCACGUUUACAGGGAAAGAACAAAGAUGUGACUUCUCUACGAGAUGACCGAAGUUCAGAGCGUGGAACUGGUGCUCCCAGUACUGACGAGAGUGACCACAGGAGCAGCGACACAGACAGUGAUGCUGCAGGGACCCAGAAGCACAUUAAACAGCAACAGAGAAACCCAAAACUGCUUCCCAAAAAAUUGAAGAGGAAUGUAAGCAAUAAAAAUCCAGAAUGUGAGGGUAAUAACUGUGAGAGUGGGAAGAGAAGCUUGGAAGAUAAGGAGCUUCAUCUUCGUGCUGCUGCUUCAAAGGAGCCCAGUACCACAGAGAAACAGUUGCAGGAUAACCAGAGGAGGCUGGCAGCUCUGCAGGAGAGACAGCGAGAGAGGGAACUGCAGAAGAAACUCAUUCAAGGAGCUCUUUCAAAUGUGGACAGACAGCCAGCAGGCAAGCAGAAACACAUCAUAUUUGAUUCAGAUGUGGAGAAUGAAGCUGAAGUAGAUGAGCUGUUGAAGAAACAUGCAAGUUUGGGAAAUAGGCAUGGAGAAGAUAAAGCUGCUCCUAAACCUUCAGGCAAACUGUUUGAAAGCAGUGAGGAUGAGCAAGGUGAUACGGACGAUGAGCGAUUCAAAAUUAAGCCCCAGUUUGAAGGCAAAGCUGGUGAAAAACUCUUGAGGCUGCAGUCACGAUUUGGCGCAGACGAAAGAUUCCGCAUGGACGCUCGAUUCCUUGAGAGUGACAGUGAAGAAGAAGAGACAAACAGCUUGAAGGCAGAGGAGGAAGAAGAGUUUGCUGCAGAGAAAAAGAAAAAUCUGGAAAUACUGGGAAGCCUCAUGAAUAUCAACCUGGAACAGCCUAAGCCAACUAAAACAACGUCAAGUGCGAAGAAAUUCAAAGACAUUAAUGCUCUUCGCUAUGACCCCACAAGACAGGACCAUGCCAUUUUUGAAAGGAAACCAAGUGCUGCAGAAAAACAGAGUAAAGCUAAAAAGAAGAAGAAGGAAGAGAAUGAGAAAGUGCCUCAAGUGUCUGAAGAAACUUAUUAUGACAUUGCUGGUGAUUUAAAAGAGUUAUUUGAAUCUUCAAAGAGCAAAUCAGAAAACAAAGAAGAAAUACCCUGGGACAAAGAUGAUGUGGAGGACUCUGCUUCACCUGAUCAUUUGGGACCUAAGUCUGGGAGUAACAUAGCUGAGGAGUCAAGUGGUUUCAAGUUUUCCUUCUUUGGAGACAUGGAGGAGUCAGGCAGAAAAGAAGAGCCCUAUGUGCUUGAAUCAAUCAAACCUGCAAAAGUCGCAUGGCUAGAAGAUCCAGGUUUCCAGGACAGCAGUUCUGAGGGUGAUGAUGAGCCAGAGGCAUCAGAAACUGAAAAGGACCAAGAAAUGUUUCUUCCUUUACCACAGACAGAAAAUGCUAGAUUUUUCUUCUUCUCCAAAGAUGAUGAGCGACUAAGAGAGGGCCCUAAGUUGUUUUGUAGAUCAGUACACUUCAGUGAAGAAAGAGAAGAUUGGGAAAACAGACGUAGAGUAUUGCUUGACGAAUGCUACAAGAAGCAUAAGGAU